UCACAGCUUGUUCCACUUCUAUCUAUGUAGCCACCAUCUUCAGCUAUGUCGACCUUUCAACUCACAAAUAAUGCUGUCAAGCUAGGGGACAUCCCCCCUGAGAGUACCAUCAUCACACUAGGCAACGAACUACUGGCGUCUACAGAAUCUUGGAAGAAGGGGAAGACCUUUGGCAACGGGAAGGUUCUUACAUUGCGUCGUCCUCCAGCACAAGGCAGCGAGUCUUCGUGGCACUGCCGUGUUAGCCGACACGACAAAGAUGACGCCACAUUCGAUGAGUUCUGGAGCAAGCUCGGUGUGAACAAAGCAGAGAAUGAGAAACAAUUUGUGGGUGCAAUCAAGCAAGUCUCCGAAGUGAAACGCAUAUCUGCAACCCAAUCUAUCUGGACUCUCUACUAUACAUAUCCUCCUCCGGUAUCACCUCGUGUUUUCACUGUGCUGCAGACAACUUAUCUCAGCAGUGCAUCUCCACGAAGCGGCCUAAUCGUUUCGAUCCCAAUCGACCUGUCGGAAGAUGAGGAAUUAGCCAAGAUCGAGAGAAAAGGUGUACGGGGUCGUUAUGUCGCUGUUGAACGUCUACUAGAAUUGGAUGACGACAAAGUCGAAUGGCGCAUGGCAACCUCUGCCACUCCUGGUGGCAUGAUCCCGUCUUUUAUCGCAGAGAGUAGUAUGCCUGGGCAAAUCGCAGCAGACGUCACACACUUCUUGAAAUGGUUCCGCAUCAUUCGCGACAGAACAGCUGUGGAGGCAUGAAGUAGCUUGGGAUAAGAAUGUAUAGUUGAAUAGUAUUUAUAGG